UAAAAUUACUUUUGAAAGCAACUUCCUAGUACCUAAUGCUUGACUUUGCGACUUGUUUGAAACCCCAUCCUCUCCAACCCCCGUUUUCUACUUCAAUGGUAAUGGCGUCCUCUGCUCUUCGCCUCCUCUUCUUCCCUCUACUUCUUUCGUCCAUUCUCCUGCUGAAUCACCCAGUCAAAUCUGAUAACGAGGAUGAUACUCUUCUUCAAGGCAUCAACAGCUAUCGAGCAUCCCUGAACUUGACAGCUCUACCACAUAAUGACAAUGCAGAGUGCCUUGCUGAUAAGAUAGCUGACAAAUUCAAAAAUCAACCCUGUACAAACACCACCGGCUCCAACACAGUACCAGGCACUGAACCUGGAUUCUCUGACUACCCUGACCUUUUAGCCAAAUGCCAUUUGAAUGUCUCCAACACGCAGGAUGGGGCCAUAAUGCCGGCUUGCGUACCCAACCUGGAGCCAAGCCUUGUCCUCACCAACUUCACAAAGUCUCAGUAUUCAGGAAAUCUCAAUGACACUAAGUACACAGGAGCAGGGAUUGGGUCUGAAAAAAAUUGGAUUGUUGUUGUUCUGACCACAAACACAUCCACUGGAAGCUUCGUUCCUUCAACUAAUGCUGCCAGUUUGGUUUCCAGGGUUGAUGUCAUCCACCACUUGCUGUUUUUACUGAUGGUUUCUAUUUUGCUGCUGUAAAGACGAUGGCCAUAAAUAACCACAGCCCAUUUUACAGUGAAAAUACGUACUCAUUCCUACAUCUGUUGGUCUGCCAUGUGGUGCUAGAUGGUAGAAUGUUGGACAGACCCAUGUCAAGUGACAGCUAAUUAGUUAUGGUCAUUUCACGAUGUUUUCUUUUUA